GUCGAUAACACGAGAGCCGAGUGAGCCGACUAACCGAGAGAUUUUGGUCGUCGCGGCCGUCGUUAUUCCGUUACUUCCGCUCAAAAAGUAGUUAGGUAAUAGGUACACGAAUUGCUUACCUAAUUGGGCACGCGCACUUCAAAAAAGGACGCAACCGAACAAACGCUUGGCGGCGGACGCAGUCUCUUGUCGCCCACACUCUCGCGGUCGCCAUAUGAACGUCGUCUGAUCGAACGUUACUCCGGCACAAUCGUUCCCCGACUCCCGCUGCGCGUGUGUGAAAUAUUAUUCCUUUGUUCCCAACUUUUGCCGAUUUUCGAUUUUCUUUUGUAGAAAUAUGAAUCUGUUAUACUGUGCAUUGUUGGUGGCUCUCGCCAGUUCCGCGGCGGCCAUAUAUCCGGCCAACUCAGAUGUCAUUGAACUCACCGAUGACAAUUUCAAUCAGGUGCUCCAGAGCGUCGAAAUAUGGGUGGUCGAGUUCUACGCCCCGUGGUGCGGACACUGCCAAAGACUUGUGCCCGAAUACACGAAAGCUGCCAAAGCCCUGAAGGGUAUUGUCAAAGUGGCUGCUAUAGAUGCCGAUAAGUAUCCAUCUUUUGCAGGCCGUUAUGGUGUACAAGGUUUCCCUACUGUCAAAAUAUUUGUUGACAAAAACAAACCUCAAGACUUCACUGGAGAUCGAACAGCCGUUGGUAUUACCGAUGAGGUUAUCAAAGCCAUAAAGAACGCCAUUAGUGCCAACCUUCAAGGUGUACCUUAUGGAUCAUCUAAAUCAUCUAAAAAAUCAUCAUCUGGUGAUGACGUUGUUGAACUUACUGAUUCCAAUUUCGAUAAACUUGUAUUGAAUUCUGAUGAUAUUUGGUUGGUCGAAUUUUUUGCCCCGUGGUGUGGACAUUGUAAAAACUUGGCUCCUCAUUGGGCAGCUGCUGCUUCAGAACUUAAAGGAAAAGUUAAACUUGGAGCAUUAGACGCUACUGUGCACUCUUCAAAAGCUCAAGAAUUCAACAUUCGUGGAUAUCCUACAAUUAAAUUCUUCCCAUCUGGAACAUCCAGUUCAAGUGGAGCUGAAGAAUAUACUGGUGGAAGAACAUCUUCAGACAUUGUAAGCUGGGCAAUGCAAAAACAUCAAGAGAAUGUACCACCACCAGACAUUAUUGAGAUCGUAAAUGAAGAUACAUUCAAAUCUGGGUGUUCAGAACAUGCUCUGUGUGUGGUCUCUGUACUACCCCACAUUUUAGAUUGCCAGGCCAGCUGUCGUAAUGAGUACCUGAAUACAUUACGCUCAUUGGGAGAUAAAUUCAAACAAAAACUUUGGGGAUGGCUGUGGGCCGAAGCAGGCAAGCAACCAGAAUUGGAAUCAACACUAGAAAUCGGUGGUUUUGGAUAUCCCGCUUUGGCUGUGUUAAAUGUUAAAAAAAUGAAAUACUCAAUUUUAAGAGGGUCAUUUUCGGAAGAUGGAAUUAAGGAAUUUUUAAGAGAUUUAUCUUAUGGCCGUGGCACAACUGCCCCAGUUAAAGGUGCUGCAUUACCAGAAAUUCAAGCAACUGAACCCUGGGACGGUAAAGAUGGUGAAUUACCAACUGCCGAUGACAUUGAUUUAUCUGAUAUCGACUUAGACGAACUUCCUAAAGAAGAAUUAUAAACCCAUCUCCAGUCUCCAAUUUUUUUUUGUAUUUUGUAUUUUUUUAAGACUGAACAAGUUUUGCUAAUAAAAUGUCUAAUUGUAAUACUAACAGUCAACCUUCUAAUUUAAACUUCAAUAAUGAAUAAACUAACAUAUAAUUUAUGAUCAGAAAAUGUAUUAAUUUUAAAAAAAAAU